GAGGCUCCGCGGGCCCCACUGCGGCGUCCCCGCCCAGAGCGAGCGGUGCCGGGCCCGCUCUGCGCCGCGGGCCCCGGUGCAAGAAGUUCGUUUGGCCCCUUCCGAGGGCCGCGCCGGCUCCGGGCCCGCCUCCCCGCGGGAUUGGAGGCCCGUCGCCCCGCCCGGCCCCGCGAGGCCGGCGGGAAGAGUCGCGCGCUGGCGGCGGGGACGCCGAGGGGCCUGGUGAGCCUUCCCUCGUCCCCGGGUCCUGGGGGUCGCGGCGAGGCCCCGCACUUCCGCGCCCCGCUCUCCGCCUGCCCGGCCCGCGUGGCGCCCCAGCCCGGGGAGGAGCUGCCGUCGGAGAGAGACGCCGGGGCCUCCGGGCCGCGCCCCAGUGCCGCACCGGGAGGGCUCCCUGCUUCCGCGGUUGGUCCUGACUUUUCUCUAACUCGAAGUGAUGCCACCAAGAAGAAAAGAGAAAUACAAACUUCCUGUUCCACUUCCAGAAGGCAAGGUCCUGGAUGAUACGGAAGGAAAACAAUGGGUACUGGGCAAGAUCAUUGGCUCUGGAGGAUUUGGUUUGAUAUAUUUAGCUUUCCCCACGAAUAAACCAGAUAAAGAUGCAAGACAUGUAAUAAAAGUGGAAUAUCAGGAAAAUGGCCCAUUAUUUUCCGAACUUAAGUUUUAUCAAAGAGCAGCAAAAAAAGACUGUAUCAAAAAAUGGAUAGAACUCAAACAGCUUGAUUAUUUAGGAAUUCCUCUAUUUUAUGGAUCUGGUAUUACUGAAUUCAAGGGGAAAAGUUACAGAUUUAUGGUAAUGGAAAGACUGGGAAUAGAUUUGCAGAAGAUCUCAGACCAGAAUGGUACUUUUAAAAAGUCAACUGUCCUGCAGCUAGGUAUCCGAAUGUUGAAUGUACUGGAAUAUAUACAUGAAAAUGAAUACGUUCAUGGUGAUAUAAAAGCAGCGAAUCUCCUUUUGGGUUACAGAAAUCCAGAUCGGGUUUAUCUUGCAGAUUAUGGACUUUGCUACAGAUACUGUCCCAAUGGGAACCACAAACAGUAUCAGGAAAAUCCUAGAAAAGGCCAUAAUGGGACAAUGGAGUUUACAAGCUUGGAUGCCCACAAGGGAGUAGCCCUGUCCAGACGAAGUGACCUUGAAAUCCUGGGCUACUGCCUGCUGCGGUGGUUAUGUGGGAGACUGCCCUGGGAACGGAACCUGGAGGACCCUGUGGCUGUCCAGACUGCUAAAACAAAUCUGUUGGAUGAGCUCCCUGAGUCGGUGCUUAAAUGGGCUCCUUGCAGAAGCAGUUGCCAUGAAAUAGUCCAGUAUUUGGUAUGUGCUCAUAAUUUAGCAUAUGAUGAAAAGCCAAACUAUCAAGUGCUCAAGAAAAUUCUGAACCCAAGUGGAAUACCUUUAGGACCACUGGAAUUUUCCACUGAAAGAGAGAGCUUAAAUGUGUGUGCUCCAAACAAUCAAAAGGUUGAUUCACGAAAGGCUGCAACAAAGCAAGUCAAUCAGAUGCAAAAUAGGUUAAUAGAAAAAAAAGGCCGCAGUGAGAGAAGCACUGAGUCCUGUGCAACGUGGAGAAAAGUGCAGGAGGAGAAGCUGAUUGGAUUGCUUAACAAUGAAACAGUGCAGGAAAGCACAAGGAGAAGACAAAAAUAUUUUGAGUCUCAAGAAUUUCUGAAUGAAGUAAAAAGUUCUCCAAAAAAAUCCAGCUGUACACAACUCACAAAUUCAUUUUAUGAACCCCAUCAAGAUUUUACCAGUCCAGAUAUGUUCAACAAGUCAAGCUCUCCAUCUUGGUACACAUACACUUCUACAGCUGGUAUGGAGGUCACAAAAUUAGACAGCUCUACAGGAUUCUGGUUUACAAUUUCCCAGUUUACUCUCAGUGAAGAGAUAAAGGCAGAGGUGUAUUAUUAUGGCUUCACCAUUCUUUUUCUUUUGAUAUUAGUAUGUCUUGCUUUAUAUUUUCUCUGAAGAUAUCAAAUAAAACCCUUUUGAUAAUUUAAA